AUGUCAAAUGAUCUUAAUGAUAAAUACAAAGUUACUCACUCUGAAGAUGAAGAUGAUCCUGAUCUAAGGGAACAAACUCAUGAUGAGGAUGAUGAAACAAGUGCCCAUCUCUUGAAGGCAUUUGGUUCUGCCAUAGAUAAUACAUUUCAGGAUGAAGUGCAACAGAUUUAUGAGAAGAAUGGUCUAUCACCUAGGGGAUUUCGUGGUCAAAACUUUACAUGGUGUAAUAACAGGGACAAGGAUGCUAGAAUAUGGAAGAGAUUGGAUAGGGCCAUGGUAAAUGAUAGAUGCUUAGAGAGUAUGCCUGUAAUUACAGUGACUCAUUUGGCUUCUACAAGUUUUGAUCACUACCCCCUUUUACUUGAAUGUAAGGAUAAUCACAAUAACCACAUCAAAUAUUUCAAGUUCCUUCAAUAUUGGGUGGAGAAUAAAACAUUCUUGGACACUGUUAAAACUUGUUGGAAAAGGCCAAUUGAAGGAAACCCUAUGAGAAUAUUCCACCUGAAGCUUAAGAGGCUAGCUAAUACUCUUAGCAAUUGGUCAAGACAACAAUAUGGUGACAUAUAUACAACAGUCAAAGAUUUUGAAGAAAAAAUAAAGCAAGCAGAAGAUGAUCUCAUUCAUGACAACUCUGAGGGUAAUAGAACCAAGCUCAACCAUGUGAAUGCUCAGUAUAUCAGAUAUCUGAAGAUAGAACAGUCCAUCCUUAAACAAAAAACUAAACUUCAGUGGUUUAAGGAUGGAGAUAUGAAUUCCAGAUAUUUCCAUGCUAUCAUCAUAGGAAGGAGAAGAAGACUAUUUAACCAUAAAAUCAAUGAUGACCAGGGCAAUACCAUUCAAGGUGAUCAGAAUAUUGCUACUGCUGGGAAAGAGGUGUUGAUAAAAGAGGAAUUCAUUAAUUGUAUCCCCAAGAGCAUCACAGAGUAA